UUUCAUCACGCCUCCGCCAUUGUUACAAAUGUAAAUAUUAAAUUUACACAAAAAUUUCAGUUAAUAAGCAAGUUAUUUCAUCAAACAUACUAUCGGCUGAUGUUUAUUGCUGUAGUAAUUAUAAUAGUUCAACCUUCGCACAACUAUUGAUCGAAUGAGAUAAUAAGUGCGCAUUGGUAGUGAAGAGGAAUUAAAGCUAUCCGCAAUUUUCAAAAUGAGUGAAUUAGAGAAAAUUGUUGAACAGAAAUUAGCGGAGGCUCGCAAAUGCAGUGAAAGCAAAAAAAUCGGUGAAAAAGUUGAUUCAAAGAAUACUUCGGAAGUUGAACGAAAGGAUUCUAAAAACUCGAAAGAUAACCAAACCAGUACUAAGGACUCAAAUGGUACAGACAAAAAAAAGGACACUACAAACGAGAAAAAGCUGUCUGAUUCAAGUAGGAAACCAGGAAACAGCUCGAAAGAUAACCAAAUCAGUAAUACGAAUUCGAAUGGUACUGACAAGAAAAAGAAUUCUUCGACUGAGAAAGCUCAAUCUGAUUCAUGUAAGAACUCGGGAAACACUUCCGAUAAAGGGAGAUCUUCAGCGCAAGAUUCUGUGAAGUCCAAUGACAAAACAUCGAGUGUAAGUAAGCCUUCACAAAGCUCAACGGAUGCUAACAAAAACUCAUCGGGAAAACCAGCAAGUAAUAAGAAUUCUACUUCAACUAAAAAUGAUUCAAAUAGUACUACAAAACAUGCCAGUAAUUCAUCUAGCAAUUCUGCGAAUAAAAGUUCAACUACAAAUACAAACGACAAAAAAGCACCCUUAAGUAAAAAUAACGAAGCUAACAAAAAUCAGAAAACUUCGUCCGGCACGAGCAAUAAAAACAACGUAUCUAGUAAGGUUCCAACCAAUAAAGAUAAUAGUAACAAAAACGCAAAUAGCAAAACUAACGCAAACUCUUCUGCGAAUAAGACUUCAUCAAAAACCAGCAACAGUAAAGAUUCUGGUAAGACGUCCUCUUGUAAGGAUUCAAAAUCGGAUGAAGCUAAAAAGUCAUUAAAAAAGAAUUUAGCUAAUGAUGAAUCGAAAAAUAAUAGUAAAGAUGUGACAAAUGAUAAAAAAUGUCCCGAAAAAUCAACAAAGAUUACCGAUACAGAAGAGGCUGGACAUAAGGACCAAGCUAAAAAUCGCUCGCGCUCAACGAGCAAAACAAAACGCGAUAGAUCCAAGAGCCCAAGAAAUCGCAGUAAUAUAGAAAGAUAUGGAUCCUCUGCCAGCAGAUAUUCGAGGCACCGACCAUCCGCACGAAGUGGUAGAUCACCACCACGAAGAAGAUCGCCAUCACGAGGACGAUCUCGUUCACCGUUAGGAUACCGCGACUCACGGCGAUGGAGUCCACGACGACAUUCUCGCAGCCCUACCCGAAGAUCUCGAAGCCGAUCACGUUAUAAUAGAAGCCGAUCUCCGGAUAAAGCACUAAUGGCAAAAAAAAGUUUUCUCGAUGAUCUUGCGGUUAGGUUUGCGCUGGAAGGGAAAGAAUUCCCCGAGCUAGAGCAGUACCGGUGUGCAACUAACAGUCAAUUUGUAUCGUAUCCAAUUGAGAGUUAUUCUCAAAUUGCCCAAGAACAUGGUUCUAGAACCUUCGGAAGGCCCAUGUACCCUACGAAUGUAGGAGCACAGAUGGGUGAAUCUCCUAUGAUGUACGCAAAUCCAUUCAAUCCUAAUCCAUACGAUUACUCAUCCGAUGCAUUUCCUGAGCCGAUUAUUGACGUACCGCCUGUCGCGAAUAUGGGCAUUCCUGCUCUCAUGGACCUUCGUCCAGUCAUUGAGGUUCCUCCACUUAUUUCUUACCCAAUCUCUGGAAUGCCAUCUUUGCUGGAUUCACCUAGCUUUUCUGAAGUUGGUGGCAAUCCACAGGAAAUAAUAAAUUCCCAGACAAAGGAUUCUUCAAAAAACAAAGUGCUUGUCGACGACUCGUCCUUCUCCCAAUUCCUAGGAUCUCAACCGCCAGAAAAGUAUACUAGAGCUAAAGUAAAAAGGUGCGUGAUUCAAGCGGUAGAGUUAUUGGACAAUUUAGGUUCUGAAAUCAGUAGCACCACAAAGUUCAUGUAUCGUACGCCCACUUUUUACGAGAACAAUGUGAACGAAAACCGAUCACCGGUGGUACAAACCCCGACGAAUCCACGGUUUGCGUUCAGCAGUCAUACGGGCGAAACCAGUGAUCCAUUCGGGAAUAUUCCUCGUAAACUUAAACCAAUCAUUGAGCUUCUUCGUCUAGAUGAGGGAAGAAUUUCAAAUAAAAUAUUCCAACGCCAGCAGAAACUUUUGCAAGCUACAAACCGUCAUCGAGAGAAAUUGGAAUUUGAAGAACGACAACAGCGUCUGCUCCCAAAGGUAACACUACAGAAGAACACCCAGACCGAUCCAACCGUAUGCACUGAAUGUCUGCUGCGAAUGGUCAAAGUUAAAGUAAAUGGUCAAACUCAAACUGCCACAGUACCCACCGUUGACUCUGUUGCGCAGACAAACCCCAUGCCUGCACAAACACAGAGUGAGUUUGGUUCAAUAACGGAACUCACACCGAAUCAAGUGCGUGCCGUCAGUGAGCUAAUUAAAUACAUUAAGUUGACUGCUACUAGUGGAUCAUUGAUAGAAAUGCGAGAUAGUAUGCAAAAUGAUCAGGUGUACAAUCUUAAUGGCGACCUUCGUACAGCUUAUACAUUUUUUAAUGCCAUGGUCGAACAUAAAAAUCCAAUUGAACAACCACAAGAAAUUCUAGAAGAGCUGGAUCCAGUGAUCGAUCAUGAAACAGACGAUUUUGAAGAUGUCGUUCAUUAUGACGAUAAUCAUGGUCCAAUUGACGAGUAUGAAGAGUAUCACCGAAAUUUUUGCGGAGGCGAUCAGGAUACUGACAUGUUUGAAGAACAAAACCAAGAUAACUUCACGCGAGAAAUUUAUGAUGACAUCCAAGAUGAUUUGGGUCCAGUGUUCGAGCGAAGAAUGCAAGCUCGAAGAUCUUUUGACUUCGACAAUAAUCUGAUGAACACCGGUAGUGCAAUUAGUGAUCAACCCUUCGGUUCAGGUGAUGGAAGAUUCAUGGAACCAGGUCGCAGUAAUUUUAAGCAACGUGGUCGUGGAGGAAUGUUGAAGACGAGAGGAUUUGCCCAUAUCAACAGAAUGAAUUAGCUAUAUGAUUGAAAACGCCGAAGCCAACAGGACUACCGGUCGACGCCUACACCUGGAGACGCGAUCUUGCACCUGGAAGCCACUAUUGGAGGUUGGAAAUGCAGCAUUUGGACGAAUGCUUUGCGAACAGCAACGCAGCUUAACCAUAUUAAUAUAAAAAAUUGUACUUUAAAAGCUAAAUAAAAAAACAUUACAUGAAAUGAUUUGAAAUAAACAAUAACCCUUAAA